AUGGGAAAAGCCGGACCACGCUCGCCCUCCACCCCCACCUUGUUAUUCUAUUGGGAACAGCCAGGCCAGGCCGCUCCAGAUGGUGUGUUAGUGUUGGACAUAGCUUUGGAGAAACUUCAACAGACGAAGGCAGCGCUGUCAGGGUUUUGCUGUGCGUCGUCCGCCCUCCCCCCUGCAGUUCCCAGGAGCGCGGCGCGCAGGCGCCUGGCGGCCAACGCGCGCGAGCGGCGCCGCAUGCAGGGGCUGAACACGGCGUUCGACCGGCUGCGCAGGGUGGUGCCGCAGUGGGGCCAGGACAAGAAGCUGUCCAAGUACGAGACGCUGCAGAUGGCGCUCAGCUACAUCGUGGCGCUCACGCGCAUCCUGGCCGAGGCGGAGCGGGACUGGGUGGGGCUGCGCUGCGAGCAGCUGGGCCGCGACCACCCCUACCUGCCCUUCCCCGGGGCUAGGCUCCCGGCGGAGUCGGAGCCCUACGGGCAGAGGCUCUUCGGCUUCCAGCCCGAGCCCUUCCCCAUGGCCAGCUAAGCCGCAGGGCCACUUGGGUGGAGAACGAUCAGUCACCUUUGAGGUUAAUUUCCUUCCCCUUUCAGACCCGAGGAUGAGAGAAUGUCUUGCCCUCCCUCCUCCCCCGGCUUGUGUUUUGUAGGUUUCAGGACCGGACAUUGUGAAUGACUUUGGACCGCUGUGAAAAGAAUGCUCUGUCCCCGUUAGCUUCAGACGUGGGCCUGGGGUCCAGCUGGGUUGGUAGAAUGCUUGCCUCGCACGCACGAAGCCGUGGCCCGAGCUCCAGCUGCGGCGUAGACAGAACACGGCGAGGUACAGCUGUAACCCUAGCGUCCUUUGGGAGGUGGAGGAAUACCUACGAGACCCUGUCUCAGAAAACACAUAAAAGAAGGAAGGAAGGCUUGGCUAAGACUGGCACGGAGUCACCCUACAGAUAGCUGCCUUCUGUCUUUGCAAGCUCGUUCUGACUGGGAGGCGUUGUAUUAUGUGACCCGCUUCUGUCCUAAGCAGCUCCUGUGUGGUGGGAAUGCAUUUAUGCCCCGUAUAUCGUGUGUGUGCAUGCAUCAGGUAGAGCCAGACUUUUUUUUUCCUGGUGGGGAGGGGUUUGUAGAGUACUUGGGCAUGGGCGCUCUGUAUUUUUUUAACUGUGUACACAUUAAA